GUCUGUGCGCAUGCGGGAUCGCCCACCAAGGUGCGUUCCGGGGUCCAAGAUCCGCGCAGCGGUGCUGAACGCCGAGUAUAGUCCUGCAGUUCGCCUGAGUGGUGACAGGCUCCAAUUCUGUUGUCAUUCCCCCUGGAGCUUGUUUUCUGGGACUGCGAGAUCUUGCCCCUUGACGUUGCGGAGCAUCGUGCAGGGCAGGGUCCCGCCUCUUAGCCCUUUGAGGCCUCGUCAGUCCCGCGAGGUCACCCAGUGAAGUACCAUGGGCCUGGCCAACCCACUCCUGAUCCAGCCAGCAAGCAAAUCAGAAAGAGGACUGGGAGGGACCAGUAAUUCCUGCUAAAGACAGGACCCACAUCACUUCAUCUUCCAUCCUAUGGAUAGAAGCGAGUCACUGGGCAAGAUCUAGGUACACAUUUUUAUUUUAGGCAACCAAGUGCCCAGGUAAUAACGAGGGAUUCCAUUCUGGUGAACGAGAAGGAAGAGGAGAAUUUGGGCACAGCUGGCAGCCUGCACCACGCCUGCCAGUGCCCUGGAAGGACAGCCAGGUCAUAAUGAAGGUUCUCUUACUGAAAGAUGCAAAGGAGGAUGAUUGUGGCCAGGAUCCGUAUAUCAAGGAAUUAGCAUUGUAUGGUCUUGAAGCCAUAUUGAUCCCUGUGUUAUCAUUUGAGUUUCUGUCUCUCUCCAACUUCGCUGAGAAGCUGUCUCAUCCAGAAGAUUACGGGGGACUCAUUUUUACCAGCCCCAGAGCAGUAGAAGCAGUGGAGCUAUGUCUGGAGAAAGACAAUAAAACUGAAGGCUGGGAAAAGUCUCUUAAAGAAAAAUGGAACACUAAGUCAGUGUAUGUAGUUGGAAAGGCUACCGCUUCUUUAGUUAAUAAAAUUGGCCUGGAUUUUGAAGGAGAAAACUGUGGAAAUGCUGAAAAGCUCGCAGAGUAUAUUUGUUCCAGGGAGCCACCAGCACUGCCUCUUCUGUUUCCCUGUGGAACCCUCAAAAGAGAAGCCUUGCCGAAUAUGCUCAAGGACAAAGGGAUUCCCAUGGAAAGCAUAACUGUGUAUCAGACAAUUCCACAUCCAGGAAUCCAAGGGAACCUACACAGCUACUACUCCAAGCAGGGAAUCCCAGCCUGUGUCACAUUUUUCAGUCCCUCUGGUCUUAGAUACAGUCUCAGGCAUAUUCAAGAGUUAUCUGGUGACAGCAUUGAUCAAAUUAAGCUUGCAGCUAUCGGCCCUACCACAGCUCGCGCUCUGGCUGCCGAGGGCCUGCAUGUGAGCUGCACUGCAGAGAGCCCCACACCACGAGCCCUGGCCGUCGCCGUCAGGACGGCGCUGCAGCCCCUUGAUCCCUGCGGCACUCUUGGGUCCCGUCCUUCCCUGUGCCGGUGAGGGCAGCACAACUGCUGCCACUGAGCAGGAGCCCAGCACCAGGCAGGAGCUCUUGAGAAACUGCGACCAUCGAGCUCCUACCUCACACCUGAGUGGAAGCACCUUGGUCAGAGAUGGAUCCAGCCCUGGGGUUGGCAUCCAGCCCAGGUGCAUCCCAGUUCCCAGACCCUGCAGGAAGGAAAUCAAAUAAACCACACAGGCUACCAUGCUCACUGAGUGGAUUCUUUCC